AGUCCCCUGCGAUGUGCGUGUGUCUUUGUUUCCUUACUGUAUGUCGGCUGCCCAAGUGGCUGGUGUGCUCGAUCCACUCAUCCAAAAUACGUUGCGCAGCUAGCGUUGGCGGCGGCAGUUGGAGGUUGGUGCGGCGAGCGGCUUCCAUCCAGCCCUCGCCUGCUGAUCCGCUCCCUCCCUGGUCGGCUGUGUCACCACAUCUGGUUCGGCCGCCAUCCAGCAGAGGGCUUCGCUGCCUGGUCAUCCUUACAUGGAAUCGUUCAUAUAGGAUUAAAGAUGUCGGCUAUUUCAGUUCGGAACCAGUCAGGAUGUCCAGUGACCUCGCUGGUGUGUGGGAGGUGGCGCUGAGCGACGGAGUCCACAGGAUCGAGUUUGAACAUGGGACAACCACCGGGAAAAGAGUCAUCUAUGUGGACGGAAAGGAGGUUCUGAGGCGGGACUGGAUGUUCAAACUGGUCGGGAAGGAGACGUUCAGCGUGGGCCAGGCGGACACCAAAGCCACCAUCAACAUCGACGCGGUCAGCGGCUUCGCCUACGAAUACACGCUGGAGAUCAACGGGAAGAGCUUGAAGCAGUACAUGGAGAACAGGUCAAAGGUCACCAGCACCUGGCUGCUCAACCUGGACGGCAUCGACUGCAGGGUGGUUCUGGAGAAAGACACCAUGGACGUUUGGUGCAACGGAGAGAAGAUUGAAACUGCUGGCGAGUUCGUGGACGACGGCACGGAGACGCAUUUCUCCCUGGGAGACCACAGCUGCUGCGUGAAAGCCGUGAGCAGCGGGAAGCGGCGAGACGGCAUCAUUCACACGCUGCUGGUGGACGGCACAGAGGUCGCCGAGUGCACCGAGUGACCGGGUUCGGCCCGGACUCGGUCUGUCAGACUGGAGAAGUUUCCUUUAAGAUGGCUGCCGCGGCGCCGCCGGUCCACACGGGGCAGAUAUAAACGCCAUAGAGUCUGUUUAGUGGCAGACGGAGCUGCUAGAAACGUCAGUCAGAAGAUUCUGCGUCUCUAAAGGUUUACAUUAAAAUUAAUGAGGUUUUUUA